UUACACAGAUUAGGAACAGUAUACCGACUUCGCAACAUAUAUCCAAUUCCUUAAUCAAUUGAGUACGUGCCAUUUUUAUAAUUGAGAAGAAUCUUUACCAUUGUUUUUGAUAUUCGGUAUGCACUCCAGUCUACUUAGACCUGUACUCAAAAUCCGUCUGCAGACAGAUAAGAAGGCGGCAUUUUUAUCUUGAUCUUGUGAAGACCAUGCCAGUACUUUGCCGAUGUCAUGACAACACUAGGGCUGAUUUUUCUGUUGGUAGGGACUGUAGGUGGCGCCACGAUACACGAUACGUUACGGAGGGGGCUGUGUUUGUGUGUGGCAGACAAUGACAUCUACGCCCGGGACGGACCUGGAGAGGAACACAGAAUUGUGACUGUUUUACAUGAAAAUGAUUGUUACGUCACGAAGGGCGGGAUUUUGCACAUACUUGGUGGAACGUGGUAUGAACUCCUCAAUGUUCAAAAUCAGGUAGGGUGGGUUAAUGCGUAUCAUCUUCGCCUCAAAAACAUGACGGAGUGCACUGGAUCGCCUGUGGGCUUGAGUUCCACACCCUUCUCUAUCACUGGAGGGGAUCCAUUUGCUGGGGCGGAUCCGUUUGGGGCUGGCACGUGUACAGAGGGAGGAAUGUUGUAUAGAGAUGGAGAUCACCUGCAACGUGGGGGAGUCACGUGCACGUGCCGAAGAGGCGUCAUUGAUUGUCCUACAAAUGCCCUGGGUUAGCGAUAUAAAUCGUUUCCACAACAUAACCACAGUUCAUGUUUGUUAGAAAGAACUAAAAUGGGCUGCCUCUGUACGUGUUUUGUGUUUAUGAUGUAUGCACUAAUAAAAUUCUAGGAAACCAUUGAUAGAUCCCUAGAAUGAAAUUA